GUUCACCUUCACUCUCCCCUAUUCAGUUCUAUUGAUGUUGUUGCAGCCGUUCAAUGCUUUUGAUCCUACUAUUGUCCUCCUUAAGCAGGCACCUUUGACUAGGGCCAUCUCUCCUUGUCAACUUCGAUUUCCCUUGAUAUCUCAAACUCGCACUUCGACCUAUUUCAAUAUUUAGUACCGCAACAAUUUCGCAAGCUCAAAAGUCAACUUUCGUCCUGAUUACUUACACCUUCCCAAAGAUGCUGUUCUUUGGAAAAUCUCUGCUCGGCGCUGGUUACGUCGUGCUCAAUGUCAUUCGAGCUGUGAACAUAAUUGCCUUACUCAGUGUAAUGGCUGCAAGCUCAGUCAUGCUGGUCAAGACCUUCAUUGUGUCCAAAUUUUUCUUCUUCGAUGCCUGCGAACACAUCAUCAGGAUAGUGAUGAGCGGCUUUCUGAUCGUGACAGAACUUCCACUCUUCAAGGGCUACAUCUCGCGCAAUUGGCCUCUCUUCAGUCCUCGAUCGAGCUUCAUCAUGCUAGGUAUCGCCAUGAUAUUCCUCGGAAACAGUAUCUUAGGUAAUCUCAACAAACAAGCAACCAGUCAAGAGAGUUUGGGAUUGCCAUUCUGGCGACUUGUCAUUGCUUCCGGCAUCAUCGUGCUGGUCAUGGGACCCGUCAACCUCCUUGCGAGUUUUGUGUUUAGGGACAAAAAGGCACAUCUCACUGCUCGUCAAGUCCGGUCUCAUGGUGCAGUCGCAUCUCACAGAGCUGAUGUUGAGGCCUCGACUCCCAAACCGCCCAGCCGACGCAGCCACUACCGAUCAUUCUUCUUGGGCUCCAAACGUGACACUCUCCCGCCUUACAAUGUCCGCAAGGGUGCCAAGCAGAAUGACAUGGUCGAAACACCGAAGAUGCACCUCGCCAUAUCAUCACCCUUCCAGUCCCAGGUCACCACUGUACAGAGUCCAGGUGGCGCGAGCUCAAAGUACAGCCAAAGUCCCAAGAGCGAACGAUACUUGACGAGCCCCGAACUGAACAGACCCGAUCUAGCACAUCAUCCAGCCAUCACACAUGGACAGGCUCUUUAGGCAAGAGCUGCGAACGGUGAUCUGGAAUUUCAAAAAGGUCCUUGGAUGGCCUCGGGUUCGGUACGUGAAUGCAAAAGUCAAAGAGGAUCUCUCCGGUCGUUCAUACUAGCGCGUUGAGAUUCGAUGGGAAAUGUGUAGCGUUGCUGCAGAAGGUCGAAUCCAUCUUACUUGGAAUAGCAACCAUUGGAUUGAAGAAUGGUUUAGUUGGAU